AUGCACCUCCUGCUUCUUCUUUUGAUCUUCACCAGUUUGUUGAGGCCUGGCUUGGGCCCCUCAACCUGCCCCUCCUCGUGCAACUGCUCCCCUGGUGCUACCAUUUACUGCAACAGCGCUGGACUCCACAGCCUCCCUAGGGAAAUAGCUGCUUCCACGAUCUCGCUGAACCUGUCCAAUAACUUUCUGCGCUUGCUGACCACCGACGCCUUCAGCAACCUCACCUACCUGAACAGCCUCUGGCUGGAUCGCAACAACCUCACUUUCCUGUACCCGGGAGCUUUUAAGUCACUCUGCAACCUGCGGGUCUUAUAUCUCAGCAGGAACCCCAGGCUGACCUACCUCCAUGCCAACACCUUCCAAGGCCUUCAUAACCUCAUCAGUUUGGAUUUAUCCCACUGCAACCUCUUUGAAAUCCACCCUUUUGUCUUCUCCCACCUCCCCUCUUUGGAAGCCCUUGACCUAACCUCCAACAACAUGCGUUACAUCCCACAAGCUUUCCGGAGCCUGACGAGCCUCACACAGCUGUCGAUGGAGAGGAACCACAUCGAAGCCAUCGGUAGAGACUCCCUGAAGGACAUGGGAGCCCUGAGAGAGCUGAACCUCCGGAAGAAUCGCAUCUGGACCAUCCAGAAGGAUGCCUUCCUCCAACUGGAUAGGCUUGGCACGUUAAAUUUAGGGCACAACCGCCUCUCCGAUUUGCCUAAUCAGCUCUUCAGCGGAUUGACACAGCUCAAGAGCAUCCACCUAGAGGCCAAUCGGCUCACCAGGAUCAGCUGCCCUUUCAACAGUCUCCAGAACUUGAGGAGGCUCUACCUCAACAACAACCGCAUUUUGACCAUUGCAGGCCCUGCUUUUGCCCACUUGAAGGAACUGGACUUUCUCCACUUGAAUAGGAACAACCUGAGCUACCUCUCCAGCCACCUCCUGGUAGAGCUCCCCAAGCUGAAAUAUGUCUUCCUGUCACACAACCCUUGGCAGUGUGACUGCGGAAUGUUGUGGUUCGCCACUUGGAUCCUCACCUACCAAGGGGUCGUCGAGGGCUUGCACUGUGCCUUUCCUGCCAUUCACAACACAUCUCUGCUUGGCCAGCCUGCGCAGGGGGCCUUACCCAGCUGCCUGCCGCAGUCUGAGGUCACGAAGGAAGAAGGCUGCGAUGGGCCCUACCCAAGUGGGGCUUCUCACCUGGUUGUUGCUGCCGCUGCCGCUGAGAAAUCAUUUUGCCUCCUCCUUGCCUGUUGGGCCUCAUACUCAGCUGUGUUCUCCUUACCUAAGCAACUAGGUAACCACAAUCUCCUUGUCAAGGCUUUGUAA